GUGUGUGUGUGUGCGGGGGGGGGGAUUGUACGCGCAUACAAUAGCCUGUCCUUUUCUUCUCUCUCUCUUUCUCUCUCUCCUCUCAUCUCAUCUGUAAUCUGUAUCUGUAUCUGUAUCUGUAUGAUAAUCUCUUCUCGUGGAUCUAAUCUCUUCCUACCAUUCAUCCUUCUACCUCACCUUCUUCACUUCUUCAUCAUGCUCUCUUUUUAGCUUUCUUCAUCAGAUCUGCCUUUCCUUUUCUUAAUCCUUGUGUGUUUUUGUCGGCAAUUAGGGAUUUUUGAUUCCCCUUUUUUUCUUCAAGAAAUGUCUUCAUUUCGAACAGAUCUGGCUAUUUCUAGGAUUUAUCCAGAACCCAUGUUAGAUUACAGCUGUGAAUAUGAUUCUGACGCUAUUGACCAAUUUGAUAGAUUACCAGAUUCUCUGCUUUUAUUGGUUUUCAAUAGGAUCGGCGAUGUCAAAGCUCUUGGUCGUUGUUGUGUUGUUUCUAAAAGAUUCCAUGCUUUGGUUCCUCAAGUUGAUAACGUUGUCGUUAGGGUUGAUUGUGUUAUCUCCGAUGAUGAUUCUUCAUCGGCUGCGUCUUCUUCAGAUAAGUCUCGUUCUCCCUUCUCUAGUCUUGUUCGUCUCAUUUUUGGAAAUAUAAUUAAGCCCAUCCAAGUUUUGAGCCAGUUCUUAGGCCCGAAACGAUCUGGUCCGGGUGGUGUUCUGGCAACUGGACCGUCUUCCUCGUCUCCGUCGACUUCUUUGUUGGUAGGUAAUGGGGUUAAUGAUGAAGAUGGAGAGCAAGGAAGUGUAACUCACCAUUCCCCUACUCAAGUUUUGAAAAAUUUUAAUGAGAUACGUUUCCUGAGAAUUGAGCUUCCAAGUGGUGAAUUGGGCAUUGAUGAUGGGGUUUUGCUUAAAUGGAAGGCUGAUUUUGGGUCUACUUUAGAUAAUUGUGUUAUUCUUGGUGCAUCUUCCGUUGUUUACAAUGCUAAAUCCAGUCAAGUGAAUGAAAAUGACCAACUUAGCGAGGAUAAUGGAAGUAUACCUGAAUCAUUCUACACCAAUGGGGGUCUAAAAUUGAGGGUGGUUUGGACUAUUAGCUCGUUAAUUGCUGCAUCAGCCAGACACUACUUAUUGCAACCCAUAAUUGGGGAACAUCAAACAUUGGAUAGUCUAGUUUUAACUGAUACGGAUGGUCAGGGGGUGCUGUGUAUGAACAGAGAUCAGUUGGAGGAGUUGAGGGUGAAGCCCUUAUCGCCUUCGUCGGCAUCCAAGAGGACUCUUGUGCCUGCAUUGAAUAUGAGAUUGUGGUAUGCGCCCCAUUUGGAGCUUCCUGAUGGGGUUGUAUUGAAGGGGGCAACAUUAGUUGCUAUAAGACCUAGUGAGCAGUCUGGUGUUAAUGCUAAGAAAGAGAUUUCGGACCUGUCUUGGGUUUCCACUGCAUUUGAAGAGCCUUACGGGACAGCCGCUAAGAUGCUUGUAAAAAGACGGACAUAUUGCCUUGAGAUGAACUCCUUUUGAUGAGUACUGAUUGCAGGGAGCAUGGUGUGUCAAAAAAGGAGGUUCAAAGACAGGAAAUACAAUUUUGUUCGCACAACUUAUGAGCGAGAAUGGUGCGCCCUUCGGAGGCAAUGUUGCGGAAUUGUAUGGCUGAGGCGCUAAUGAUAUGUCGCUUGUACAGAACGAACUGAACUCAUCCGGUGCCUUUCAUGAUAUGUCAAGUAUAAAAAACAUGAAGCCAUAGCCGCAAGCAUGGUACAAAGCUAGAACUUUUCAGUUUGUGAAUGUUUAAUAAUCAUCACUUGUCGAUUGUGAAUAUUGUAGGCAUGAAUAUGUUGAUGCUUUAUUUGAUGUAAGUUUUUUAUAUCAUCAAGCAGUGUAAUUUUGCACUCUGAUGUUCUUCCACUCCCUCUAGUCUUUUAUCAUCCCAACUUUGAGAAACAUAAUAACAUCUAUAAAGUAGUCCUUCAUUGUGUA